AUGUACAAAACAGAUUCUGGUUUUUACAUAAUUGAUGUUCUGCCACUUCAUCAUGCUAGCAAACGUCCAUUCCAUCUUGAGAAAAGAAUGCAAUCUAAAAAAUCAGGUUCCUACGAGGCUCAAGCGAAGCGUGAGGCAAUUUUAGAGGAAAGACGUAUGAAACUUGCACGCCAAUAUUUACAUGUUAAAGAUGUUCUCAGCAAGCAGCAUCAACAUGCGCUGCACGAUUCGUCUACGAAACGCUCGCAAAUCCAAAAAACUUUGCAAUCUGCCGAACGUAAACGCAACACUAUUCUCCAACAAUUGGUCGAACAAUGUGCUCAACAAGUUGCUAGGUGCAAAGAAGUUGCCCGUCAGCAGCAGUUGAAAAAUCAAGAAGAAAUUGAUCGACGUCGUGCUGAUAUGGAGCGCCGCCAGAAGGCAACUGCAGCUCGUCGUGCCAAACUUCUUGCUGUUCCAAAAUCUCGUAUCUUGAACUCAAAUAUACAGUUAACUCGCGAACAAGCUGCAACUAUCAUUCAAAAUAAUUGGCGUUAUAGACAAUAUUAUAGCGUUGCCAAAACUUUUCGAAAAUUCAAUAUCUCGUUGAAAUCUACCAAGAUCCUCUCUUUCCAAGAGACAGUAAAACUUUUGAAACAACCAGCGAUAAUCCAAGUGACCCUUAGAUUAUUGCAACGGAUGAGAAAAGCUUCACCAUUGACUUCUGGUUCCAAUAGGUAUAAGAAUUUGGCUAGAGUAUUUCUUAGCGCAUACAUGAUAGUUUCUCACACCGACGAAAUUCUUGAAUCCAUUGGCAAGCAUGAAAAAGCUUUAUUAGAAUCAGCGAAAAAUAUGCUUGAUGAAUUUGAACACUGGAUCGACGAGAUAGUUUAUGGCCCACCGAAUAAAAUUCAUUAUAAUAUUUUGUGCAAGUUUCUUUCCUUGUGGACUGUCUAUUAUAAUGAUUUUAACUCUUGGAAAUCAAAAGACUCUGAAGAGCUUGCCAACAAUCUUAUCGCUCAUUACGUGGACAUGGAGAAAUUAUGGAACAGUGUAAAGGGACAGGCUAAUGCUGAAACCGAAUGGAGGCCUAGCUUGAAACAGCAGCAAGAAAAGAUAAGACAGAAAAUCAGACAUUUGAGUGGUGAAUCUGGGAUGGCACGGUUGGAGAGUGCUCUUGCACAAUUAAGGGAAAACCUGCCAAACGAAGAUAUCAACGAUUUUUACAAAUUAGAUACAGUUAAGGGAAGCUCAGUUAUCGAAGAAAAUGACAGAGAUCUAUGUACUAAGAGGGAGUCCUCCGGAUCCCGAGAAUCAUCUUUAGCGCCAAAAGAUAAAACAACAUUUAAAACUAAUUCGCCUCAAACGCCAUCACUCCAAAAAAAUGCACAGAACAAUUUAGUUAACAACAUCGAACACAAUCCUCUCUCUUCUGUUUCAAUUUCGUCGGAUAAGGGAAAGUCUACAGUCAAUGCCACUUUGUCCGAGCCUUUUGGUGCUAUUGAUUUAUCUUCAGUUGCUGUGUCUGGCCACGAUCUUCGCCGAAUUAUUGGUCCUGUGGGAGACGUGGGCAUUACAAAUGAACAACUUGCUCAUGAAAUUAUUAUUGACCCUGAUUUUGAAAUUAAGCCUCGUAGUGUUCAGCUCAUGGCCACUGAUGCAUUUUUCAAUUGCGUCAAAGCGGAAUUUGAACAAGGAAAAUAUGAUAAUUUUUUACCACAGCUUCUCGAAGAGAUCAAACAAAAUCUUCUUGAGCUUGUGCCACCCUCUUCUGCAUUGUUUACUUCGAUCAAUGAAGUUCUUGAUAUCGAAUUAAUUAAGCAGCAAACAAAAGCAGGUGUUUACAAUUUUAGAAAUUGCAUCAUGUUCAUCACCAAAACGAUGCUUCAAAUUUGUGCACCUGUACGUGAUGAACAAAUUAAAGCGCUCAAAGAAAUUACGGAACUUUCCGAAAUUUUACGUCGAUUAUUAGAAAUUCUAGGUUUGAUGAGAUUGGAUCUUAAUAAUUACCGAGUGAAGGCUUUAAGACCAUUCAUCAAAGAGCAAGCUGUCGAGUAUGAAAGACGCAAGUUUGAACAAUCCCUUGAAAAUAAUAAGAUUUCUUUAGAAUUAACCAAAACUUGGUUGAAGCCUACCAUCGAAUCACUCUUAAGAACCGCAGCGGAACGUAACCCGGAAAACGUUCAUUUGCCACAACAUCAACACAAUUAUGGUGUUAAAUUUGAUCAAGCAUAUAAUGAAGCAUUGGUUUCCUAUAUCUUUCAGGCAACGGGUAUUGAUAAAAGUAAUUGCCCUGAAACAUUCGCUCUAGAUGUCGCUAGGCUUUUCAAUUUUCAGAAUGAAGGACAAGCAAUUACGAUCGUCGCCGCUUUGCUGAUGCUUACUAAAAACGUGGUGCUCGGCAGCGGAACAAUACAAUCAAAACCCUCCAAUUCAACAAACUUUUCAUCUUCCGUUCACAUUGAAGACAACAUGAAUAAACUCAAAGAUAGACUUUUCGUUUUGUUGACGGACGACGAAACCACUUUAGAAAAUUUAUCCGCGGAAAUUAUAUCGCAGCUACCAUCAACACUAACAGCGGAAAACCAAGCACUCAUCAAAUCAAUGGUCUCGAAAACCCUGUCUCAAUCUGAUAAGGUCUUUUCUCUGUUAUCGCGACGAAUUCAAAGCAUUAUCAAGCUACAUUUACAAACUGGACAGUUCCCUAAACGUGAGACUCUAGCUCAGUAUGGGGUUUUGCCCGUAGCAAAAGAAUUAGAACAGUUGAGUAAUAAAAUAUGCGUUGUUGGACGCUAUAAUCGCGAGGUUUAUGCUAAAUGGUAUGAUGCUGUGAUUUGGGAACUUUUGCGGGAAGUAAGAGGGGAUUCUUAG